GAUGUUUCUCACAAUAACUUUCAUAGUUGGUGAUCAUAACUCAUAAUCAACCCCAUCAUCUGCGUGUUUUCGUUGCUAUCUCCUUGUGUUCUCUCUGCCCCCCAUGAUGCUGCAUUGACAAAAACUGUUUGAAUGAUCUCUUUCUUAUUUAAAGAAAGAGAAAGCAUCGUGGGGAUUUGAGGUGAUCCUGGAGAUUGAAUCGUUGCAAUGGCUGCUGAAAGUUCAUCUGUGCGGAGGAGGAAGCCGCAUGGAUUUAUGACACUCUUGUCAUCGGCGGCGUGUGAAUGGUUCUUGAUGUUCUUGAUGUUUGUGAAUGCAGCAUUUUCGUAUUUGCUCACAAGAUUUGCUCAGUAUUGUGAACUGGAAACACCUUGUCUGUUAUGCUCAAGGCUUGAUUUUGGGAAAAGGAAACCUGGAAGUUAUUGGAGCCUGUUGUGCAGUAGCCAUAGGGAAGAGAUAUCAUCCGUGGUGUCUUGUUCUGUCCAUGGUAAGUUUGCUGAUGUUCAUGGGAUGUGUGAAGAAUGUCUGAUGCCAAUCGCCACAAGGAACAAAAGGAAUUCUGAAUCAUAUAGGUUGCUGGUGGGGAAAUCGUGGGUGGAUGUCGAUAGAUCUGUUCUUCAGAGCUUAAUGUUGAAUAAGAAUAUAGUCGUUCCUCCGGAUAGUAGGAUGUGUUCCUGCUGCAACAAGCCAUGGAGAGCUAAAUCUAAUGCUGAAAGAUUGCUUGAACCUGGCCUCGUUGGGUUGGGGGCUUCCAAGGCUAAUGUCAAGCCUCCUCUGCCUCGUGCGCCAGGCCGCAGUCGUUUCAGUCGUCGGGAUAGCUUGAAGAGGAUAAGGGAUAAAGCCUCAGGGGCAAUGGGCAAUAGUGUUGAUACAUUGUGUCAUGUAGGCUAUACCAAGCUGAAAAUCUCAUCUGAUUCAGAGUCGGAGGUCCCCAUCUCAGAGGAUGAUGAUGAUGGAAAUACUGGUUCUCAUGGGGUAAACCGUGGUGAAAUCUUAAAUGUGGUUCAAUGUGAUAGGAAAGUUCUCGAUCAACCUAAUCUGGUAGAUCCUAGUGAGCAGAAGUACAUGGAUUCUUCAUCUUCAGAUGCUUUCAAGCAGCACGUUCUGGGAGAUCUUGAUUGGAGAAAGUCUUGCAAUGAGCCGAGUCCAUCAUUGAAACAGAAGCUAACUUCUCUAGAGAAUGGUUCCCAAGUAUCUGAUGUUGUGGGACCUUCUGUUGGGCAGUCGGCAGAGACUUGUAAAUCUGCUGUUUCUCUCAAUCACAUGCUAGCCAUCCAUGUACCACCCGAGCCCCUUCCUUUUCACAACGUUCCUUCCUUAGUUGCUGCCAAGAAAGGAGAUGCAUCUGUGGUCAAAGAUAUAGAAGCUACUGCAGGAACUUCUUCAAAUGAUGCUCAUUUGUUAGACUCAAGUAAUCUUGACUGCAAUGAUGCUCUGACACGGGACGAUGAAACUCAGGAAUUAUUCGACAAACAUGAACUUGAGCCAGUUAACAAAUGUGAUUCUGCUAAAAUUGAAGAAAAUGUGAAGAUUGUGCCACAAAUACCAGCUUAUGAGGUUGGUUUGUUGUCGAAUGAUACCAGUCCAAGAGCUCAUGACGAAGAUGAUAAGUCUGGAAUAGAUGAAGAUUUUGGUUCUGAGGUUCUUCCGGUUUCAGGGUCAGAUAAACAUGAAUUUGAGCCAGUUAAUAAAUGUGAUUCUGCUAAAACUGUAGAAUCAUUGGAAAUUGAAGAAAAUGUGAAGAUUGUGCCACAAAUAUCGGCUUAUGAGGUGGGUUUAUUGUCAAAUGAGACCAGUCCAAGAGCUCAUGACAAAGAUGAUAAGCCUAGAAUAGAUGAAGAUGCUGGUUCUCAGGUUCUUCCGGUUUCAGGGUCACCAACCACAAAUGAAUCUGACUAUGAAGCUCUGGUAGGAAUCACUGUGAGUUAUAUUGAAGGUGAAAGUAUUGUUGAUAUACUGAAACGUCAGAUUGAACACGACCGAAACAUCAUUAAUUCUUUGUACAAAGAAUUGGAGGAAGAAAGAAAUGCUGCUGCUAUUGCGGCAAAUCAGGCAAUGGCCAUGAUCACAAGAUUGCAGGAGGAGAAGGCGACACUUCAUAUGGAGGCCUUACAUUACUUACGGAUGAUGGACGAGCAAGCAGAGUAUGAUAUGGAGGCACUGGAAAGGGCUAACGAACUCCUUGCUGAAAGGGACAAGGAAUUGCAAGACAUGGAAAUUGAGUUAGAUUUCUACAGAAGUAACUUGCUUGAUGAACAAGAGGUAUACAACGUACAGAAAGAGACCUCCAUUGUGUAUAAUCAAGUCGCAGCCCAUACCGAAAACAUUCCUAAACUGAUGAACAGUUCCGCAUCAAACCUUGAUGAUGAAAAACACUCCGUCUGGCAAGGUUUAAAGAAGUUGGAGACUCAUCUCCAUCAAGCUCAUCUUAGUGGGAAAUUAGAUGGACUGCCGUAUGUCCUAAAUCCUGAGAAGAUCAAAGUAGAGCUUGCUAAUCUUGAAGAAUUACCCCCCAAUGGUGAGACAUUAAAUCAGAAGAAAGAAGAGGACGGUUCAGUCGUGCACAAAGUUAUUCCCCUGUCAAAUGGAAAUUACUCUCAAGAUGGUGCAUUAUAUGGCAAUCCAACUCAGGGGAAGGAAAAUGUUUGUCUGCAUCAAAACAGUGACAACUUCUCAGCAAAUCAAGGUGAAAUAAACUCCAGCAUUGUUGAUAAGGAAAUUGCAGAACUUCAUGACAGGCUGGAAGCUCUUCAGAAGCACCAAAACCUGCACAAGCAUGCUUCCGAAUUGCUCAGAAAUGGUAAAAAUGGAACACAAGUAGUUCAGGAACUAGCUCAUCAGAUACACGAGUUGCGGAAAAUUGAAGUCCAAAGAUGACUUCCCUUCCCUGGAAAUAGCAUAUCAAUCAACUCAAUGACGAACGACUUCAAGAGAAGGGCUGUGGCAGACAGAGAAAGCCAUCCACAUCAUCAUCAGACAGAGAUGAUCGAUAUCCAUCUCAGGCGUCAGCCUGGAUAUUGCUGUAAUUACAAGACUUUGCAUAGAAAACUCCAUUUAUAUUAGAACAUGUAUAAACAAUCCAAAUUCUUUCAGGAUUAUGUUCCAUCUCAUGAGUUGAGAUCAUGAACAUAGCAGGCCUCGCUGGAUAGCAUUUUAGUAGAGUUAAUGCAGGUUAUUCCAUGCAUUAAACAACCUUGUAAUAUUCGGAGAUCACGCAUGUUUUAUGUAUGGCUGCAGGAGUUUUAGGCGUGCUCUCCAUGUCGAAAAUAGCAUAGAGUAGUUUCGACAUCUUUUCAUCUGUUUAUGCAGUGGAAAUCUGCUUCCUGUGAAAGUUCAAGUGCUGUAGUUUUCUUUCUUUACCUUCAUUUUCUACCAUGUUUAUAUAUAGAAAUAAAUAUAUACUUUUUGCUGAUAGCUGUA